AUGGCUACUUGGCUAGUGCUUGUGCUGCUGCCGUCGCUUUGGUUUGAAGGGAAAAGAAUAGUGGUGAAUGAGGAAAGAGCGCAACAACAGCUGAGGAAAAGGGACGAGAAGGGUGCUGCUACUUCAGCAUACUUGCAGGGAUAUUGCAGACAUGCCACCCCACCGAGACUUUAUGCUAGAAGUGCUGCUGCUACUACAACUGCUGCUGCUGCUGCUGCGGUCUUCAUUGCUACUAUUACUUCUGAUCGUGCUGUUCCUUCACAAAUCAAUAGUCAAGGGGGAGAGUUUGUGUUGCAUCGUUGGGUAAGCUCGUUGAUGGAAGAAACUGUUCCUCGAGAACAAAUGAACUAG